AUGGCUCGUUUGGUGUUGCAAAGUGUAAUUUUCAGUGAUGCCUGUAGAAAGGAUUUGCGAGAAACGCGUAAUUUGCGUAGGAUUGCUCGGUACGCCGAUAAAGCACUUGCUAUGAGUGAUGACGAAUUUAAGCGAAAUUAUCGUGUCACCAACAUUGUUCCAUUAUUUUAUCAAGAGCUAACACCCUUGAUGCAAGCUCCUAAAAGAAGAAGUGAUAUCAGUACAAAAUACAAGAUACUAGUAGCACUUUCAUUCUAUGCAACUGGCAGCUACCAACGCCUAGUAGGAUGUUCACUAGGUACUCCCAUGUCGCAGCAAUCAGUAUCUCGGGCAUUGAGGGAUGUGACAGCAGCAUUGAAUCACCCGACAAUCCUGCAUAAAUACAUAAAAUUUCCUCAAACUGUUCCAGAACGCAAUGUUAUUAAAAGAAGGUUUUAUGAAAAAUUUCGCAUUCCUGUAGUAAUAGGAUGCAUAGAUGGAACCCAUGUGGCAAUAGUACAUCCUGCUGAAAAUGAAGAAAGAUAUUUUAACAGAAAACAUUUCCAUUCAAGAAAUGUAUUAAUAAUCUGUGACGCGGACUUAAAUAUAUUAAGUGUAGAUGCAGCAUUUGGAGGUGCAUCACAUGAUAGUUUUAUCUGGAACCAGCAUCCAGUAAAAGAUCAUCUCAUACAAUUGAUUAAUGCUGGUGAAUCUGUAACUUUACUUAGGGAUUCUGGGUAUGCACAAUAACUACAGGAAUAUAUGAUGACGCCGAUCAUGGAUGCUGCUGCAGGUUCUCCAGGGGAGCAUUAUACUAAAAUGCAUGUGACAGCACGCAACACAGUUGUGCGAACUAUUGGAGUGCUCAAAAAUUGUUGGAGAUGUUUGUUGGGGCAUAGAGUAUUAUUACAUUACCACCCUGAUGUUGCAGCAAAAAUCAUAAAUGCUUGCUGCGUGCUCCACAAUAUGUGUAACCGGGCUCAUUUAAUAAUGGAAGAUGAGGACACUGACAACAUCAGCAUACCGAGAUUUGUUUUAGAACCUGCACAGCAAGAGAGAGGUGGAGCUUCUAUAGAGCUGCAAAGGGGUAUAGAAGCUAGCGCAAACCUCGUGCGACAAUUGUGGGCAGCCCGUGUUUGA